UCAUCCCAUUCACUCAAUAGCUACAGCCUCCUUAUCUCCUCCUUGCUCUUGGCACUCUUCUUUUCAUGCAUUGCAACUCAAUGUUCAGAUGAUCCAAAGGUGUACAUUGUGUACAUGGGUGCUGCUGAUGAGCAUCACAGCCACUUGCUGUCUAGCCACCACGCACAAAUGCUGGCAUCUGUUUCCAACAGGAGUGUGGAAUCAGCUAUGGAAACUAUUGUCCACAGCUACACCCGAGCCAUCAAUGGCUUUGCUGCAAAGAUGCUCCCCAGCCAAGCAUCUAUGCUACAACAGAUGCCGGGCGUGGUUUCCGUGUUUGAGGACUACACAGUGUCCCUCCAGACAACCCGUUCUAUAAACUUCAUAGGGCUGGAGGACGCAUCCGGAAACACCGCAGCAAACUCGCUAUGGAAGAAAACAAUGGGCGAAAACAUGAUAAUUGGCGUACUGGACUCGGGUGUCUGGCCAGAGUCGGCGAGCUUCAGCGACGCCGGGCUGCCGGCUUCCCUUCCUGCGAAGUGGCACGGCAGCUGUGCGUCGAGCGCCUCCUUCACAUGCAACAGGAAAGUAAUUGGCGCGCGGUACUAUGGCUCUUCCGGCGGCAGCCCCCUGAAUCCUCGCGAUGUAACUGGGCAUGGAUCUCAUGUCUCCUCCAUAGCAGCGGGAGCUCGUGUGGCCGGCGUUGACGACUUAGGGCUCGCCAGAGGCACCGCAAAGGGCGUCGCGCCCCAGGCUCGAAUUGCCGUGUACAAGAUCUGCUGGGCGGUGAAGUGCGCGGGAGCCGAUGUUCUCAAGGGCUGGGACGAUGCGAUUGGCGAUGGCGUGGACGUGAUCAAUUACUCGGUGGGAAGCUCAAACAGUCCCUACUGGUCAGACGUUGCCUCCAUCGGUAGCUUCCAUGCCGUGCAGACAGGGGUCGUGGUGGUCGCAGCUGCUGCAAAUGGUGGCAUCGGUUGUGUUGUACACAACACUGCGCCGUGGGUGACGACGGUCGCUGCGAGCACGAUCGAUCGACGCUUCCCGAGUAACGUCGUCCUGGGAGAUGGUUCAGUAUACCAAGGAUCAAGCAUCAACAAUUUUAGUCUCGGCAAUAGUUUCUAUCCUCUGGUGAAUGGAAGGGACAUCCCUGCGCCCACGACAUCACCCGAAAGUGCUAUGGGCUGCUCGCCUGGAGCUCUUGAUCCUGCCAAAGCCCAGGGAAAGAUAGUUCUUUGCGGCCCUCCAUCCGUGGAUUUCAAAGAUGUCGCUGAUGGAUUGAAGGCUAUUGGUGCGGUUGGGUUUAUUAUGGGAAACGAUGCAAAUGGCAAGGAGAGAUUGCUGUCACUCAGAUUCACGAUGCCUGCUACUCAAGUUGGAAACACAGCUGCAAAUUCUAUUUCUUCCUACAUCAAGUCAAGCGGGAAUCCAACCGCAAAGAUUAUACCGCCAACAACAGUGAUUAAUCAGAAGCCAUCGCCCAUGAUGGGAAUCUUCUCUUGUAAAGGUCCCAACCCUGUUGUCUCAGACAUUCUCAAGCCAGACGUAACAGCACCAGGCGUGGACAUCCUUGCCGCAUGGUCAGAAGCAGCUGAUAAGCCACCUCUCAAGUAUAAGUUCGACAGUGGAACAUCAAUGGCCAGUCCCCAUGUUGCAGGCUUAAGCACACUUCUCAAAUCCUUGAACCCUGAUUGGAGUCCAGCAGCGAUCAAGUCUGCGAUCAUGACCACAGCUUACACGCAAGACAACACCGGGACGACAAUUCUCGACGGUGACUAUGACGUUGCUGGUCCCUUCAACUAUGGAUCAGGACACAUCAACCCGGUUGCAGCAGCGGAUCCGGGGCUUGUUUACGAUGUAGGAAAGCAGGACUACGUCGCUUUCUUGUGCAACAUUGGCUUCUCGGCAAGACAGAUCCAAGCUAUGACUGGAGAACCUGGUAACUGUCCUGCCACCAGAGGCCGAGGCAGCGACUUAAACUACCCGUCAGUGACGCUCACCAAUCUGGCAAGAGAGGCAGCAGUGACGAGAACUCUCACCAGUGUCAGCGAUUCGCCAAGCACGUAUAGCAUUGGUAUAACUCCACCGAGCGGGAUCAGUGUUACUGCCAACCCAACGAGCUUGAUGUUCAGCAAGAAGGGGGAGCAAAAGACGUUCACGCUCAACUUUGUUGUGAACUAUGAUUUCCUGCCUCAACAGUACGUGUAUGGUGAGUAUGUGUGGUAUGACAACACGCACACUGUUCGCAGCCCGAUUGUGGUCAAUGCGGUGAGUCGCCUUGCAAUCGGGGAAGAGAAAUUGGUUUCUGAGAUUUAACGGAAGGUAUCAUGGUACUACUAUAUUUUAAUGUUACAGGGAACAAAGGAAGUAACAAACAUUUCUUCAGGACAGAUACGUAUCAAACACUAAGCAUAAUGUUCUUUCAAACGGAAAACGACUUUGAAGAACGGCAGAGAGGCUUUAACAAUUCUUUAAAAUCACAAGAGAAUCGGAGCUGAGUUUUGAGAUGUCAAAACCAUUCUGCCAAAACUUACCAGGCCUCAAUCGAAAGAGUGGAAGGUUUUCUCUCUGGCAGCGAUUUUGACAUGUCACUCAAAGCGGGAUGUAAUUCAGGACGAUGCAUGAGCUUUACAUUUUCAAAUUCCACUUCCCCAUUCUCUGGCC